AUGGCAAAAGGCAUCAAUCUCAUUCAAGCCAUGUCUUGGACAGCUGGCCUGGCAUCGCUCCUGACUGGUCAUGCACUAGCUGGGAAACCCGGAUAUCAGCAGUACCCAGAUAUCGUUACUGUUGAGGUUACCAGUAUGAUAUACUUGGAAUUCGGGGCGUGUUACAACCAAUGCCCGCCACAGACCACCGCUCAGGCCACCGCUUGUUCCACUCCGCCCCCAGUUACUCUCACACUGCCAACUCAUGCACCUGAGGGCUGGAAUGAGACCAUUGCUCCUGCAUGCAGCGAUUGCCCUGCCACAUUUAUUCAAUAUGAGCCCAACGAUGCCGAGUUUGUAACAAUGACAACAAAAAAGGGCUACGGUCCCUACCCUACUGUUUCAACUGUUCACCCGGAAUGUGCUGUAUGUACAGGCACCGUCAUCAUUUGUGAGCCAGUUGAGCCAACCGCCAACGCCUACAUCGGCCCAGAUGGGCUCGAGACAAUCAAACUCCCCGGGGCCGAGCUAGAUGGCCCAAGGGUGACCCUACCUCCUCAGCGUCCUGGAGAGCCCGCUACCGUUAUCAUCGGUGCGCCAGGGUUUGACAAGGACCUUUCAACAAUUACACUACCCGGCAGUGAUUCCAGCUCACCAACAAGAACACUCUUUCCUACAGGGCCUAGCGGGGAGCCUAUCCCUGGUGGUUCUCCGAUCGUCGUAGUUGGGGACGGGGAUGUUCCUGGGUUUAGUGAUGGUAACGGACUGGGCCCUGAUGGGCUCGAGACAAUCAUACUCCCCGGGGCUGAGCUAGAUGGCCCAAGGGUAACCCUACCUCCUCAACGUCCUGGAGAGCCCGCUACUAUUGUUAUCGGUGCACCAGGCUUUAACAAGGAUCUUUCGAUAACUACAGUACCUGGCGGGCCUAGCGGGGAGCCUAUCCCUGGUAGUUCUCCGAUUGCUGUGGUUGGGGACGGGGAUAUUCCUGGGUUUAGUGACGGCAACGGACUGGGCCCUGAUGGCGACCUUGGAGCGGGAAAGAAUUCACAAGCCACCUCUUCCCCAGGCGCAGACGCGGGCACCGGAAGUGGUGGCGGUGAUGGGCUUACUGGAACACAAUCCCGUUCUGGAAUGGCGCCUUCUGGCACAUCGCCUUCUGGUACGUUGCCUUCCGACACACUGCCUUCCGGCAUAUCGCCUUCUGGCGCGUUGCCUUCCGACACACUGCCUUCCGGCAUAUCGCCUUCUGGCGCGUUGCCUUCCGACACGUUGCCUUCUGGAACAUCGCCUUCUGGAACGUCGCCUUCUGGAACGUCGCCUUCUGGAACGUCGCCUUCUGGAACGUCGCCUUCUGGAACGUCGACACCCACCAGCUGCGUUCCAACCGGUUCUCCCACUCAGUCAGCUUGCGUGACGGCGCUUCCUCAAGCUUGUAGCCAAAUUGAGUCGCUCACAGGACUUGCUCUCAUCCCAGCUGUUCCCUUGUGUCUUGCGGCGCUGGGUCCAUUUGCUGUUGGUAACGUCGCGACUUGUCUGACUACGUCUAGUAUCAAUUUAUCUACUGCCGGAAGUGAUAUUAUCAACUGUCUGACCACCGCAUUUGAGGGCCGCUGUAUCAAUACCCUCCCCCAGGAAUGCGAAAACCUGAAGAGCACGACCGGACUUGCUCUUAUACCGGAUCUUGCUAUAUGUACACUGAAGCUAGGCCCGUUUGCAGUUGGUUCAGCUCUCACCUGCCUCUCUUCCUCUUCAAUUACCGAUUCUUCAACCGGCACAGGAGUCGUUAGCUGCCUCGAGACGGCCCUCGGCCUUUCAUCGCCUGGAUCGAGCAAUGGGGGCGGUGACUCUUGUACCCCGAGCACUGGGGGACAGACCUGCGUUACUCAGCUCCCUCCAACUUGCAGUGGUCUUCAGAACAGCAAUGGGCUGGGGCUCAUUACAGCCAUUCCAACCUGCCUUGCUUCCCUUGGGGCAUAUGGCGUAGGUAACGCAGCGCAGUGCUUAGUCACUACCUCCAUCUCAGUCAGUUCGGUAGGCAGCGAUAUUGUCAAUUGUCUCCUGAAUGCCUUCAAGGAGACUUGCAUCGCAGAGUUGCCCCCCGCAUGUUCCAACCUCGAGAAUGAUGAUGCAGCGAAGCUUAUCGUGGACAUUCCGCUUUGCGUCGCGGCGCUUGGUCCGUUUGCCGUUGGCGGGGCGUUAACUUGUCUCUCGACCACGGCGGAGUCUGGAAGCAGUGUUGUCGAUUGCUUGAAAAACGCCCUUUUCUAA